AAACCACCACGACUCGCGUCACGGCAGAAAAUUAAAGGAAGACACUUUGUAUUGUUCUAUUAUAGCUCAAAGUAGACGGUGACUGUUGAAUAACACUUCUUUUUCUCAAUUUCAAAGCGGACGUGUAGCGGCAUUGUUUUAUUUUGAAAGAAAAGACCGGAAAUGUAGUCUUGCCUCGUUGUAUGCGAAUUGAUGUGACCAGAGGGGAAGCUCCAAGUUCCUGUCUUGUCAACGGAAUCCCACAAAGUUGUCGUCAAAUCUCAUUUUUAAACGCUUUGUGCAAAGUGAAUGCUUUAUUGUCGAUAACAGACAUGGCGCUCACCGAUGCUGACGUACAGAAACAGAUCAAACACAUGAUGGCCUUCAUCGAGCAGGAGGCCAGUGAGAAGGUUGAGGAAAUAGACGCCAAAGCGGAGGAAGAGUUCAACAUUGAGAAAGGCCGCCUGGUGCAGACUCAGAGAGUGAAAAUAAUGGAAUACUUUGAAAAGAAGGAAAAGCAGAUAGAACAGCACAAGAAAAUCCAGAUGUCCCACCUGAUGAACCAAGCGAGGCUGAAGGUGCUGAAGGCCCGCGACGACAUGAUCACGGAUUUGUUGACGGAAGCCCGGCAAAGGCUGGCAGAGAUUGCCCUGGACCCUGCCAGGUACUCCAGACUGCUGGAGGGGCUGGUCCUGCAGGGAUUCUACCAGCUUCUGGAAGACAAAGUUACCAUCCGCUGUCGACAGCAGGAUGUGGAGAUGGUUCAGGCUGCGGUGAAUAAGAACAUCCCCGUCUACAAGGAGGCUGUGAAAAAACACAUUGUCGUCAAAGUGGACAUGGAACAUUUUCUACCAUCAAGCCUCUGCGGAGGCGUGGAAGUGUACAACGACAAUGGCAAGAUAAAAGUGUCCAACACGUUGGAGAACAGACUAGAUCUUCUAGCGCAUCAGAUGAUGCCUGAAGUCAGAGUGUCCUUGUUUGGUGCCAACCCCAACCGCAAGUUCACAGAUUAACCGUGGAUUUGAAGGGAGCAGCGUGCAAGCAGGUGGAAUAUCAUUGGUCCACGCUGUCCCUAAAGCGGAGUGCAGCAUUGUUGCAUCAUUUUAGCAAGGCAACAAGCCCACCUACCACAGUGCCUUAUUUUUUAUUCUUAUUAUUGUUGUAACUAAGGCGCCUGCUUUAAAUGUAAAUUCAACAGGGUGUGUGCCAUAUAGUCAUCCCUCCUUUAUUGCCCGACCGCGAUGGACAUGCUCAAUUUCAAUAAAUGGAAUCUCUUUGUAGUUAUGGCAUAGGAAACCUGCUUAUGAUCUUCUGAAUACGAUUUUUAGCAUUAUUAGACACGAGGAUCUUUUGUGUCGACAUAAUGGAGAAAGCGUAUUUUCUUUGAAAAGGGUUGGUCACAUGGCAGUGGGUCAGUCAAUCAUCCACGCAUACCCACUGGGUGGAUGAUAGGGAACCUUGUUGACAGGCUAGUGUCCGUUUCUCCGAAUUACUGACACCUAGUGGCCAAUGUAGUUAACAGACUCAAAUGGAAUGCUAGUUCAUUUAGUUAGGUCAUUUAGCUGUUUUAUGGCAUGGGAAUUCUUCAUUUAGACCAAUAAUAAGUACAAUUUGCUUCAAUAUGAUUUGUUUUACAAAAAAUUGGCAGUAUUCAAGCACGAAACAGCGAUCGUUUUUGGAUCAAACGCGAUAGAGUGAGGGACAACUGUAUGUGUGUUUUAUUUUAAAAAGUAAAUAAGUGGGACACUGAA